CCGGUUUUUACUCCUCUUGUGCGCCGGUAGAUCACCACAGCCGUUCGUGUGCGGGACAACGCCGACGAUAUUCAUUUCCAGCACUCUGGUCUAAUGGGAAAACUCUUUGUAAAUGCGUUUUAAGAAUUCUUGCUUGGGAGACGUGCACACUGGCCCUGGCCUUGAGGCUUAUCUGAAAGGAUUCAACUUCACUGGUGAACCUCCUUGGCUGUCCGACAUCUGUUAGUCACAUUAUAAUUCCAUCUCUUCCAUUCAUCUGUUUCUUUUGCAAUCAAAUCUUGAACAAACACCAUGACCUCUUUGACUGGAUCAGACUUUGACUUCGCCUUCCUGGAGGAGGGAUUCUGUGCACGUGAUAUCGUGGAGCAGAAGAUCAACGAGUCAUCACUAUCAGAUGACAAAGAUGCCUUCUAUGUGGCCGACCUGGGUGACGUCCUGAAGAAGCACCUCCGUUGGUUGCGCGUUUUACCCCGUAUCACACCGUUCUAUGCAGUGAAGUGCAAUGACAGCAGGGCUGUCGUCACGACACUGGCGUCUCUGGGAGCCGGAUUCGACUGUGCGAGCAAGACCGAGAUCCAGAUCGUGCAGUCUGUGGGUGUGGAGCCGAGCAGGAUCAUCUACGCCAACCCCUGCAAGCAGGUCUCUCAGAUCAAAUACGCCUCUGCUCAUGGAGUGCAGAUGAUGACGUUUGACAGUGAAGUGGAGCUCAUGAAGGUGGCACGAAGCCAUGAGAAUGCCAAACUGGUUCUCCGUAUCGCCACCGACGACUCCAAGGCGGUGUGCAGGUUAAGUGUGAAGUUUGGCGCCACGUUAAAGAGCAGUCGGCUGUUGCUGGAGAGGGCGAAGGAGCUCGGGCUGGACGUGAUUGGAGUCAGUUUCCAUGUGGGCAGCGGUUGCACUGAUCCUGAGACAUACAGCCAGGCGAUCUCAGAUGCGCGCUAUGUUUUUGACAUGGGGGCGGAACUGGGGUAUGACAUGACCCUGCUUGAUAUUGGAGGAGGCUUUCCAGGCUCCGAUGACGCCAAACUGAAAUUUGAAGAGAUCGCUGCUGUGAUUAACCCUGCACUGGAUAAAUAUUUCCCUGUUGACUGUGGUGUGAGGAUCAUUGCGGAACCUGGCCGCUAUUAUGUAGCGUCUGCUUACACACUGGCUGUCAACAUCAUUGCCAAAAAGGUCAUCAUGAAGGAGCAAUCAGCCUCAGACGAAGAAGAGGAUGGGGCCAAUGACAGAACCCUGAUGUACUACGUGAACGAUGGUGUUUAUGGUUCCUUCAACUGCAUUCUGUAUGACCAUGCGCAUGUCUUGCCAACUCUGCACAAGAAACCCAAGCCUGAUGAGCGCAUGUACCCAUGCAGCAUUUGGGGCCCGACCUGUGAUGGGCUGGACCGCAUUGUGGAGCAGUGCAGCUUGCCUGACAUGCAGAUGGGCGACUGGCUGCUGUUUGAGAACAUGGGUGCCUACACUGUAGCCGCAUCUUCCACCUUCAAUGGCUUCCAGAAACCCGAUAUUCAUUACAUCAUGUCCCGCACAGCCUGGCAACGUAUGCAGCAGAUCCAUGCUCAGGGGAUUCCGCUUGCUGCUGAGGAGCAGUGCGCUGGAAGCGUGCCAUCCCACUGCGGACGCGAGAGCACAUUGGAUGUGCCAGCCAAGCCGUGCCCUACUCAAGUGCUGUGAUGCUCUUCAAUGCAGACUACCAGAGCGAGAGCCAGUUCUCAUUCAGACAGCGGUUUAUCAUAGUUCUCCAGUGAUUUACACCUGAACCCUGUCUUGAGGUCCACCAUUUCCAAAUAUGUGCUGUUGAAUAACAAUAGCUAAAUUUCUAUUCUAAAUGCAGCUGUUUUUCACUUUGUAUGCAUGUUGCAAAUGCUCAAGCCUGAAAGACGCACAGAAAGGCUUCUUUCUUUUAAGUAAUUUUUUUUUAUAUAUACGUAUGUACAUGUAAAUCAUGAGGCCAGAUACUUGACUGGAGGAUAUGAGGGAGGUUUAAUCGUAUGUGUAGUUUUCUGUGUGUUGGAGGAAAGUUUAUUCCUGAACAGACUCCCCCUUUUAUAGAUUAAAAUGGAAGCUCAUGCUACUUUCUUUUGAGGAGUGUUAAGGGAUUGAAAAGUAGCCAUUUCAUGAAAUGUUCUCCCAACAGUCUUUGAAAAAGAGAUCUUCCUCCUCACACAGACUCGUACAGAUUUCUUCCUCCAUGACCAUUUCCAUUUUAUACUUGAUUAGUAAGUUAAUUUUAAUAUUAUUUUUGACCUGAAAUCUGUAUUAUUGACCUGAAAUGUAUGCCACUGAUGCAUUUGAAAUGGAUAUGAAAGAGAUGGGAUUGCUUCUGAAUUGCUUUCCUAUGGAAACUUUUUUUUUUUUUUUUUAAGUUUUGUAUUUUUAUAUAAAUAAAUGUAGCUGUAAAAAUGUUUUGAUUUCCAUUCCAAUAGCACCAUUUUACAACUUGUGAACGUACUAAACUGUGCACAAAGAUUUGCGCAAAUCAAGAAUUUAUAGACCACAAGGUAAAACAACUUUACACUAAACAUGAAUGUAGCACCAUCUAGUGGUGAUGCGUGAUUCUUUUUACCAAAUCUGUUCUUUUGGAUGCAUUUCAAUUAAACCCUCCAAAAAUC